AUGAAGCUGCUCCCCUUUCGCAGAAUGAAGUUCCUCCGGCGAAAGGACAAGCGAAAGGACGCCCAGGCCGCCUUCGAGAAGGGAGACCUCAGCAGCCAGCACCGUCAAUUCGGAGGCUCCCCGCAAUAUCAACUCCCCGGCCCCGUCCUCGAGCGCAUAUUCGCCUUCGUCUGCCCGCAUACCCAGGAUGAGACAUACGAGACGCAGGAGCAGUCGUCGGUGGAGGAUGCCUGCAUGCUCUGCGACUUGCGCGACCUGGCGCACUGCGUGCAGGUGUGCAGGAGGUGGCGGAAGGCUGCUGUGAGAGUCCUAUAUCAUAGUAUACGUAUCGACUCGGUACAUUAUUGCGAACGCGAGGCUGUCCUCUCCGACAAGCGCAAGCGGCGAACCUUCUUUGACCGCAAUGGCGAGCCAGAAGACACAGCGCAGGCACGGCUCAAGCUACUAUGUCGAACCCUCCGCGAAGACCCUGCUCGUCUAGGACCUAUAGUCGAGUACUUCAAGACACCCUAUAUGCUACGUGAGGCAUCACAGGCGGAUUUGGCCCGAACUAUUGCUGUCCUACCAAACCUACGAUAUGUCGAUCUCCCCGAGGGCCUCUAUACGGACGAGGCUCCGUACAUCACGCUCAGGCUAGAGAUACAGGCGAGAUGUCAUAAUCUGCGGAAGAUGACCUAUAUGGCAGGCUCCGAAAAGAGCCUUGAAGCCUUGGCGAGCGGACGUAUAUGGAGAAACCUCGAGGUCCUUGAUCUCGUCAGGAUCAGUAUGGAUCCUACAAUUAUACUACACGGCCUAUCCGUGUUAGGGAACCUCAGAGCCCUAAAGAUUACCGAGUCUUCGGUGUUCACGGACGAAAUUCUGGGACAUGGCAAUGAGAUGUUGCCCCCAUUUCCGCCUUUGGAGGAACUUAUCUUGAACCAAGUGGCUGGUAUCACAGCAAUGGGUCUCAAGGUCUAUCUCAGUCGACCGGAUACGCAAAAAGCGCUGAAGGUCCUGACUUUGACGGCAACUGGCGUCAAGCCGUGGACACUUCAGGAGGUCUUGGCACAGGCGACCUCAUUGAAGAGUCUCUCCAUCAACGAGACUGUAUCGGCCGCCCUUCCAACAGCAGCUGGUACAAGCCAGAUCCCACCGCUCAAUUCUUCGUCUUUACAAACGUUCCACUACGAAAUUGUGCCCAAGCCUUCUUCAAGCCCGUACAAAGGCGUAGUCACAUCAUACUACAACUACCUCUCCGGAUCCCUUUUGAUGGGAGGUCUACCAAAUCUCCGCGCUUUAUAUGUUCGAGAUGCAAACUUCCCAGACACACUCCUCGGUCUACCACCGCCAGCUCCAGCUUUUGCUGACGGUGGCUACGCGCGGCCCGCGUCAAGCGGCUCAUCCUCAGCGUUCUCAUCUCAGAUGUCGUAUAACAGCCUUGGCCCAGCUCUGUCACCCGUAGGCUUUCUCUCACCAAAUAACUCUCCGGGGUUCGCGCGCCCCUUGCCUCAAGCGCAGAACCAGAACAUCAACCCGUUCCAGAGCCCACCGCAGUCGCCACCUUCGACAAAACCCUGGACACAGGGCCACAACCCACGGUUCAGCUCCAAUAAUCCCUUUGCGGCAUUCGCCGGCCCCGGUGGUCCCUCCGGCCUGCCCCAGACGCUCGAAGUCUUCACAAAGGGCGACGAUGAGCUGGACUGGAGCUUCGUCAAAGUUGAGCCUGGCCACGCGUCGACGAGCCGCAGGACCAAUGCCGCGAGACCCGUCAGCAGCUACGGCCUUGACAAUACGACCUUGGGCUGGAAUUCUGGCGCGGGGGCCCGCAAGAGCGUCUUCAUGGGCAACGGGGCCGGGGGCUUUCUCGCAGUGCCGGACCCGUCGCCAGGCGGAGCGGCCUGGAGGAGAAGUGAUGCCCAGGAUGAAUGGCCGCGCCCGAAGAGCAGUGCUGGGGAGAAGAAGCGCGACAAGCUGGAUCUAUGGCGGUAG